CUAUUUUUGUAACCAGAACACUACAUGUGUUGGUUUGUGGUUACUGGGCGGUGAACAUUUCCUCAAUGUGUUUUAAGCAGUAUGAUUCUUUACCUAUAUAUCAUACCGGAUUUUACAAAGCACACUAAAGACGAAAGAUAUUGAUAACUGACUUAACCAGCGUUAUUGUUCUUCAAACAGGCCUGUCCGCGCAAUCAUCGACAACCACUGUAUAGCAAAUUAAACAGAUCGGUUCCAGCUGACAGCGCAGUGUUCAAUUAUCGACUGACUUCAAUAUACCACGGAGACUUUGACCUAUCGAGAAAAGGACUAUAUAUUUUGUAAAUGAGCCAAAACUGAUUUGAUAUUCUGAUAUAAAACAUUAAAGACGUUUCAAGCAAAGGCCAAUUAAGAGAAUAAUUACAUUGUGACCACGUAAGGCGAAGGGACAACUGUAAUGUCAGAUUCCCCUUAACGCACGAUGGAACAUCUCUCACAGGACCAAAUAGACGAGUUCAAGGAGGCUUUUAAGCUGUUUGACCGUGAUGGAGAUGGAACAGUGGAUGUGGACGAGCUGGGGACGGUGAUGAAGUCCCUUGGCCAAGAACCGACAGAGCAGGAGGUCAGGGAUAUGAUCAACGAGGUCGACAAUGACCAAAGUGGAUCAAUCGAGUUUCCCGAGUUCUUGCAGUUGAUGGCGAAAAAGAUGAACGACACCGACACGGAACAGGAGAUUAAAGACGCUUUCAAGGUGUUCGAUACGAGUGCUAGGGGCUACAUCACGGCCAUUGAGUUAAAAGACAUUAUGACAACUCUUGGGGAGAAACUGACGGACGAGGAGACGGACGAAAUGAUUAAAUAUUCACACGCCGAUAUGGACGGUCACAUCAAUUACGUCGAGUUCGUGCGCCUGAUGACAGCGCCAUGAGGGUGUAUAUCAGUUGAUUUGCUCUGUGGUUUGGAAAUGUGCCUAAGACAAGCCAUGUAGACACAUAUUUAUAGAUACAUCAAAAAGGUCACGUGUAUGCAUUUAAUGUUACUCUAAAUUUUGGAAUAAACAUCCUUUCGCGUGGUAAAGUUUGACUUAUACACAGGAACUCAUGAUAAAUCUUCAUGUUCGGUAGAAGUGGUUCACCAUCAGACAUGGAAGGAAGAUGGCGAUGUUUUUUUCAAUAGACCAUGACGACAAUCUGUUGGAAUCCUUGAUGAAACGCUAACGUUUGCUUACGGUUUUCACAUCAUGAAUUAGAGUCGUAUAAUAUACAUUAACCUUUAUCAUUAAAAAUAUAUAAAAAAAUCA